AUGGCAGGACCUGAAGAGAAAGGUCUGGUGGCUGGGUUUUCUAUGAGCCCUCCUGUCCUCGACAUCAGUAAAGACCAGCUCGUGAUUAAUGCCGAGGACACACUGACUAUUACAUGCAGGGGACAGCACAUUCUGGACUGGUCCUGGCCAGAGCGAUCUCUCAGCAAAGUCAAGUUCAGUGAGCGAGACGAACGGCGGUCGUUCAGCCAGGAUCGGAGAGCGCUGUGGGCGAAGGAGUGUCGGGGGGAGCCGGGCAAACCCUACUGCAAGAGCCUGGUGCUGACCAAGAGCCACAGCAAUGACACCGGCUACUACCGCUGCUUCUACCAGGAUAUUAGAGCUAUUAUUGAUGGAACCACGGCUGCCAGCAUAUACGUCUUUGUCCGAGACCCCGAACAGCCAUUUAUCAAGAGUAACGAGGAGAUGGAAACCCUCCUCAUCAGUGCAGCGGACACACACAUUGAGGUGCCGUGUCUGGUCUCAGAUCCUGAAUUGAAUGUCACUCUGUAUUCGGUGGAGCAGGCCACCGUGCCUCUGGACAGUAAAGAGAUCACGUGGAACAGUAAGCGAGGCUGGUCCGUCCCCAGACACCUCAUCAACGGCAUGGCCAUGUUUUUCGGCUUCGUGUGUUCUUUGACGAUACACAACAAAGAGUACAGAUCCAACAUGUACAUGGUCAUGGAAACAGGAAAGUUUUACGACCUCAAGCUGUUUCCUGAAGGCUCAACUAUUGAACUGAUGCGGGCCGACGUCCUGGUGCUUAACUGCACCGCGCUGGUGGAGUUUAACACUGGAGUGGAGUUCAAAUGGAUCUACCCGGGACAAAAGGACGAUAGGGUGGUGAGCCUGCAGCCUGUCCGCAACAUGCUGGAACAAGUCAAGGAAGCCACCAGCGUCCUAACCAUCCGCAACGUCAACAUCAACGACUCCGGCUUUUACACCUGCUCUGCUAACAGUGUGGAGAGGAGCAUGGAGCGCUCCACGUUAGUCAUCGUACACGAGAAGCCGUUCAUCAGCGUGGACAGCACUGGUUCUGUGGUGGAAGCAUCAGCUGGACAAAAAUCAGUCAAGCUUUCGGUCCGAGUGUCUGCGUAUCCAACACCGUCCACUCAGUGGUAUAAAAACGGGACGCUCAUAACGAGGCGGCCGGAGUUCAGCAGGUUUAAGAUCCACAAUCACAACCUGGAGAUCAGAGAUGUACGCCGAGAGGAUGCAGGAGAUUACGUUCUGGUUCUGAAGAACACCGCGGCUGUUUUAGAGAAAAAACUCAACUUUACUCUCAUAGUCAAUGUGCCACCCCAGAUACACGAGAAGGAGGCAGCGGCGCCCGCCAACCCGUACAGACGGGGCAGCCGACAGACUCUCACCUGCACCGCUACUGGUUUUCCUCCUCCCACCAUCAUCACCUGGCAGUGGAGACCCUGGAGUCCCUGCGGUCUGAAUUCCACCCGCAGAUCAAUGUCUCGUCGAGGACAGCGGGACAGGGUGGCUCUGUGUCAGGACUGGAUUGAUCUAGACCUUGACCAUGCAUUGAACCCAGUUGAAAGCAUGGACACUCUGACUGAACUGGUGGACGGCAAGCAAAAGACAGUGGGUCGUGUGGUCAUUCGCAGUGCCAACGUGUCGGCCAUGUACAAAUGUUCAGCAGAGAACAAGGUGGGGAAGGAUGAACGACUCAUCUACUUCUACGUGACCAACAUUCCAGAAGGGUUUGGGAUCGAGAUGGAGCCCUCAGAGGAGCCGCUGGAGCUGGAUCCUGUACGUCUGAAGUGCAGCGCUGAUAACUACACCUACGAGAACCUGCGCUGGUACCGCCUGGACCCACAGGCCGUACCGCCGGAGGACUGUAAGAGCCUACACCAGUACGCUGAGGUGCUGGGCGGUGAUCUGUCCUUCCACAACUCCACCAACAACUGGGUGCUGGAGCUGAGCAUUCCCAGCAUACAGCUGCAGGAGGAGGGGAACUACGUGUGUGAGGUGCAGAACCGGCGCAGUGGAGAGAGGCACUGUCACCGAAAAUACGUCUCUGUCAAGGCCCUGGAGGCUCCGCGGUACAGACACAACCCCAGCAACCAGACGGUCAAUGUCAGCGCAUCUCUGCAGAUGGAGUGUGAUGUGGAGGGCACGCCGUUUCCUCAGCUCUCCUGGUUUAAAGACAACCAACCCCUCCAUCAAAUAUCAGGGAUCCUUCUGCAGGACUCUAACCGGACCCUCAGCAUCCAGCGUGUCCGUGAGGAGGACGCCGGGCUGUACACAUGCACCGCCUGCAACCAGAGAGGCUGCGUCCACUCCUCAGCUACAGUCUCUGUGAUUGGCUCUGACAGCAGCCCAAACGUGGAAAUCGUGAUCCUCAUCGGCACUGGCGUCAUCGCCAUCUUCUUCUGGCUUCUCCUGCUUCUAAUCUUCUGCAACGUCAAGCGGGUGAACCCAGCCGACAUCAAGACCAGCUAUCUGUCCAUCAUCAUGGACCCGGACGAGGUUCCUCUGGACGAGCAGUGUGAAUAUCUGCCCUAUGAUUCCAGCCAGUGGGAAAUCUCACGUGAACGUCUCAGACUUGGGAAGGUUCUGGGUCACGGUGCUUUCGGGAAGGUGAUUGAAGCCUCCAUUUACAGCAGUGAUAAGAAGAGCAGUUUUGGCACCGUGGCUGUCAAAAUGCUAAAAGAGGGAGCAACAGCAAGUGAACAUAAAGCCCUGAUGUCCGAGCUGAAGAUCCUCAUUCACAUCGGGAACCAUUUGAACGUCGUGAAUCUUCUGGGCGCCUGCACCAAACCCAACGGUCCUCUCAUGGUCGUGGUAGAGUACUGCAAAUACGGAAACUUAUCCAACUACCUGCGGGCAAAGAGGGAAUUCUUCCUGCCGUACAGAGAUCGUUCCCCUAAAACCAGGAGUCAGGUGAGGAAGAUGAUGGAGGCCGGGCAGGUGGAGCAGAGGAGUGAAAAAAGCCAACUCCGUUGUAAAAUCAGCUUGACGGGCGGCACCCCAGCAGAGAAGAUUUCAGUGGAGGACCUGUGGAAGACUCCUCUCACCAUAGAAGAUCUGAUAUGCUACAGUUACCAGGUGGCACGAGGGAUGGAGUUCCUGGCAUCUCGUAAGUGCAUCCACCGAGAUCUGGCCGCCAGAAACAUCCUGCUGUCGGAGAAUAACGUGGUGAAGAUCUGUGAUUUCGGACUGGCUCGUGACAUCUACAAGGACCCAGAUUAUGUCCGGAAAGGGAAUGCCAGAUUGCCUCUGAAGUGGAUGGCACCUGAGAGCAUCUUUGAUAAAGUCUACACCAGUCAGAGUGACGUCUGGUCAUUCGGUGUGCUGCUGUGGGAGAUCUUCUCAUUAGGUGCUUCACCUUACCCCGGCAUCCAAAUCGAUGAGGACUUCUGUAAAAGGCUAAAAGAGGGCACCAGGAUGAGAUCUCCAGAAACGGCAUCUCCAGAAAUAUAUGGGAUUAUGCUGGCGUGUUGGCAGGGGGAACCCAAAGAAAGACCCACAUUUCCUUCACUGGUAGAGAUACUGGGAGAUCUUCUACAGGACAGCUUACCAGAUAUCCCCUUCAAUGUGUCUCAGAGUUCAGAGGAUGACGGAUUUUCUCAGGCCUCCUCCAGACCUCCAUCAGAGGAGGAGUUACGACUAGCCUGCAACACACUACCCACCAGAUAUUACAACUGCGUUCCGUUCUCGGGGUGUGUGAUGGUGAGCCCAUCCAAAUCCUGUCACUCCAGAGUGAAGACGUUUGAAGAGCUGCCGAUGGAGAUCACGUCCCACAAAUCACAUCAUGACAGUCAGACAGACAGCGGGAUGGUUUUGGCCUCGGAUGAGCUGGAGAGGUUCGAGCACAAGCACAGAGGAGCCAUGAAUAUGGCGGUGGGUACCAGCACAGAGCGUCUGAUCGGUGGCUCAAGUCAGAACCUCAGCAUGAUCAGACAUCGGCCUCCUUUCUUCACCCAGCUCAGCGCGGGUCAGACCUUCUACAACAACGAGUACGGUCAGUUAGCUGAGGAGAGCAUGGGCGAGUUCUUCUCCACGCCGGAGCUGACUGUACUCGAGGGGUCCUGCCCUGCAACCUCCAACCUGUAACAGCACCUGAACUAACCAAACUGAACUGAUCUGCCCCCUCUCUGUCCCCUGUAUGUUCUCUCUGCUGCCACUGGGUGGCACCAUUAUCAUAAAAUAUAUUUUAACUGCCUGUUUCAUGUAACUGAAUCGUUGUUAGCAUAUUUUGUACAAAAAAUGAAAAAUAA